AACGUUUUCUUCCUUAGUUGUGAAGUCUGAUUCAUUCGUAUAAAUUAUUGAAAGUGAAAUUCCUAAUCCUAAUCCGCAGUGAACAUCAAAUUUUCUCAUAACCUAAUUCACAAGCCAAACAAAAACCUUUCCCCAAUUUCUCAUUCAAUAGCUUUUUUCCUAAAACUCAGCCCUAAUUUUUUUUUUUUUUUAAUUUGAGUGAAUUUGAUUAUGGCAUCUGGAUCAUCUGGUAGACCUGGUUUUGAUUUUGGUUCUGAUGAUAUUCUUUGCUCUUAUGAUGAUAUGGUAAAUCCAGAUGGUACUAAUGGAAAACACUCUGAUCCUAUUACUGGAACCAACUCUGCGAAGGAUUUUCGUGAAAACAAAAUGGGAAGAUCAUAUUCACAGGUCUAUAAUCAGCGGGAAGAAUCAGUAAACCAGGAUCUGAUUGCAACUGUUGAAAGAACCAUGAAGAAAUAUGCUGACAAUCUCCUCCUCUUUCUCGAGGGCAUUAGUUCACGUCUACAGCAGUUGGAAUUGUAUUGUUACAAUCUUGAGAAGUCAAUAGGAGAAAUGCGAUCAGAUUUAACUCGGGAGAACAGUGAAGCAGAUUCAAAGCUUAGAUCACUUGAGAAGCAUCUCCAGGAAGUUCAUAGGUCUGUGCAAAUCCUUAGGGACAAGCAAGAAUUGGCAGAAACUCAGAAAGAACUUGCCAAGCUUAAUGUGCAGAAAGAAUCUUCGACUGCAAACCAAUCACCCUCUAAGGAAGACACAGUUGCUCCAUCCGCCUCUGAUGCCAAACAACCUGACAGUAAACAAGAAUUGCAAAACCAGCAAUUAGCGCUUGCUCUGCCCCAUCAAGUACCACAGCAACCUAUGAUGGCGUCCACCCCACCUCAAAAUGUCCAUGCUCAGAGCCAACAACACCCUUAUUAUCAACAGAACCCAGUGCCAAGUCUGCCACCACAAUCUCAAGACCAUUACUUGCAGGUUCCUCAACAACAAGCACUACCAUUACAGUCUCGUGUAAGUCAACCUCAGCAAGCUCAUCAGUUUCCUCCACAGUGGAGCCAGCAGGUUCCUCAACAGGUACAACAGCAACCACAGCAACCUGCUGCUCAAUCUCAAAUGGCUCCCCAGACAGCACCAGCUUACCCUCCUGCUCCCCAGACAGCACCUAGUUACCCUCCCUACACGUCGACCCAAAAUGUUAACCCAUCACCUCUGUCUGUUAACCCAUCUUCCUCAGCGUUUCAAGGGAGCAUGCCUAUGCAGGUUGCUUACUCUGGAGCUCCCCAGCCUGGGAUGAGUAACCUAGAGCCUGUUGCUUAUGGUUAUGCUGGUGCCCCAGCCUCGAGAACCUCUGUUCAACAGCAGCCUCCAGCACAAAAUAUGCCACGACAACCACCUGCACAGACUCAUCAGGGCACUUAUGGUGCACCCAUGAGUGACAGUCCAUACCCAGUUGGGGGACCCCAUCCCUCACAGCCUUCCAGACAAGGGUACAUGAUGUAUGAUGGAGAAGGAGGGAGGGUUCCUCAUUCAAUGCCACCGCACUUCCCGCAAAGCGGUUAUCCUCCAACCCAUGUGGCCUCUCUUCAGAAUCAACAACCAAGCCGUCAUUCCAGCCCAUCGCCUGUGAUGCGUAGUCACCCAUACGGUGAGCUGAUAGAGAAGGUUGUGAGCAUGGGGUAUGGUAGAGAUUUCGUCACAAGUGUGAUCCGCGGGAUGGAUGAGAGUGGGCAACCUGUGGAUUUCAAUUCGGUGCUUGACAGAUUGAAUUCACAUUCCUCAGGUGGGUCUCAGAGAGGUUGGUAAAGUUACUGGAUAUAUGUUGGCGGUGUUUCAGUUUGCCAUGUUAUUGCGUUGUCACAAAAUAAAAGCCGGAGAUAUUUUCUCCGGUUACUUAUAGGUUUAACAGUACAAAAAACAUCACUGUAUAUUUCUGUGAACUCAAGCUGUGCGACUCUGCUUUCUUCUUGUUAACUGUUGCUCUCUCAGUCUUGGAUGUUGUCAUGCUACUAUUCUGAUCUUAUAUGUGCACAGUACAAAAUCCCUCAAGUAUUAGAAGAGGUUUGAUUGAAUGACACUUCUAGACCUCUAA